ACCUCUUGCCCACACCUUCCCCACACACUUCACAACCACCUCCUUCCCUCUUUUCCUUUCUUCUGUCUCCACACUGCACAUCAGAUACCAUGCCUUCCUUCGCGCAAGUGACCUCGUCUUUGCUGGUGCUGGCCCUUGCAGCACAGGCGAGCGGCCGCAAGAUCCAAGAGAAGGGAGGGCUCCGGCUACGCAACCUCGCCGAGACCGACGACGAAGCUGCCGCGGAAUGGACUUACCGCGCCACGGGAGUCGUCGGGGAAGAGCCGUACGGCCCAGACGACUGGUACUUGGGGUACCCCGACUGCGCAGGGACGAAACAGACCCCUAUCAACAUCGCCGCAGACGUCAUGGGCACGGCUACCAUGCAGGAGCAGGCCAUCGCGUUCUUCCCUAGCGAGUGCAAUUCGACCGAGUUGGUCUUCAAGUCGGACUUCGCCGUGUGGCAGGUUGACUUCUCCGGGUGCACCGACGCACCCUACCUCCAGUACCAGGGCGAGACCUACAACCUGCUCCAGUUCCACAUCCACUCGCCCUCCGAGCACGUGCUCGGUGGAGCAGAACACGCGGCGGAGAUCCACCUGGUUCACCUCAAGCAGAACACCACCGACGGGUUGCUUGUAGUGGGGAUCAUGUUCGAAGUCAGCGAUUACGGCCAGAACGUGGAGCUGGAGCCCAUGUGGAACGUGAUGGACUUGAACCAGGAUAUCGCAGAGGAGCAGUUCAUGGCCGCGGCGUACUCGCUCUUGCCCGCUACCCCUAGCUUCACCACCUACUCCGGGUCGCUCACCACCCCCCCGUGCACCGAGGGUGUGAGGUGGAUCCUCAUGAGCGAGCCCAACUACAUGAGCACGUGGCAGCUGGACAACUACCGCCGCGCGGUUGCGUUGCACGAGGGCUCUAAGGUGAGCGAGGUGGGCGCCACCAACCGCCCGAUUCAGGAACUCAACGGUCGCGACGUUUUGUACGUGAGCCCUUAGGCACGUCGCCGAGCGAGCGGGUGUUUCGCAACUUGUAGGUAUUGACGGAGUACACACCUUCCACCCCUUGCAGCAGGGAUCCUGAGCGGGAAGGAAAUAGGAAUAUCCACACACACACCUCGAAGUUUGAUGUUGAUUUGUAGAGGUGUGUUGAAGCUAGGUGAAUUCCGUUGGGGGGGGGGGGGGGGGG